AUGGGGAGCGAACAACUCAACUUAAAAAUUCUGAUGAAGAAAUUCCUCAGCGAGGAGAAGGAGUACAUCAAAUUUAUGAAUAAGGAUCAAAGGGAUAUCAUACUUUUCGAAAAGGAAAACUUUUACAUACAUGCAAAUACCCUCUGUGGAAUUGAAAGCAGGAAAAAAGAAAGGUACAACAGUAACUACACGUUUUCAUACAUAAAUUCUGUUGGCUAUAAAUAUAUUAGCAUACUUGAGAAAAGCAAAAUUAUUAAAUUUAUUGAAGACAAUGAAGAUAAUGACGAAAUUAAAGUAAAUUUUUUUGUGUAUGAUUUGAAGAAAAUUCUGAAUUUGCACGACUAUGUAGACGUGGAAGAUAAGGAUCAGGGCAUACAGGUGGACCUCUUUCAUUUGGACGUCGUGGGGGAUGUGGACAGGGAUAGCGAACAUGGGAAGGAAGAUGGGAAGAAAAAGGACUAUGUAAAAGGAAGUAGCGCUAAAGGUGCCACACCGGGGGGGAAACAUAAGGAGGAAGAAGGAGAAACAUUUAGCUCUGGUCACCGCAAGAGGAAGAGAGAAGGGGCGGAACUGCAAGAACGGGAAGGUGCCCAAACUGGGGUUCACACAAAGCCCGCAUAUCACGAAAAAAGCAGCAGUGAUCUCGACAAAGGUAUCGCCAACACUGUUGCGAAGGAAAAUUUCGUCUCCUUCGACAGCGUAAGAACCGUAUGUGACACAGAAAAAAUGGACAACUCACUAAUCCUUUAUGUGACGAAGGGGAGCCCGGAAAGUAAACAUAUCCUCAAUGAAAUCGACUCGUGGGAGAGAAUGGGGGAUUACAACUUCCUUCAGAGAGAUAUCCCCUCUCAAGAGUACGACCCGUUAAUCUAUUUCAAUUGUAACGAAGUUAACGCCCUGGAGGAAUUUGGAAACGAUGCGAGCAACAAUUAUGACUUCUUCAGAGUGGAGGUUACGGACCCAACGAAUAGGAAAGACCAUUCGGGAGGGAAUUCUCCGAUCGGAAGUGCCCCAAUUGGGGAAGAAGUUCAAAUAGAGGAGGCAACACAAGCGGGUAACCUCCACGAUGGGAAGAAUAAAAUAACGAAAAAUCAAAGUGGUGAAAAGGAUGGGGAAAAUAAAAGUAAUCACCAUGAGGACACCCCUGACAGUAGCCUGCAAAACAUGAUGAAGCAUUACUUCGGAAAAGACAAUUUUUUUAAAAAUAUUUUUCUCCAAAAUGUGAAUUUAUAUUCUGUUUUAAAAAACACAUAUUUUUCGAACACACAAAAUGAAACGCAAAUUGAUCAGUGCGUAAAAUUAAUUGUCGAUAAAUUCCACAGGGAUUACAUAAAAUUCAUGGAGAAUGAACAACAUAUUGGUUUGUCCACUUGUAACGAUUUUCUGAGAAGGUACUCCAAGCAUAACUACACACAUAUUUAUCAGAAGGGAGAUUUGUAUAAAAAUUUUGCCGAUUAUGACAUGCUGGACCUCGAUUUGAGCAUUAAUGAAUACAAUGUAGAGGGAAGACAUUCGCCCAAUCAGGUUAAUGACCAAUUCGAUGUUCAGUGUCAAAAUGGCCCUUCAGUGGAUGUAGAAGAUACGAAAUUUUUGGUUGGCCAAUUUAUCCCCCUAGAAAUAGUCCAAAAUUUCAAUGAUCACGAUAAGAUAAUUUUCUUUCACGAUUUGUUGGCUCAGUAUGUGCAAGCCGUAGGUGACAAACAGUGCUACAAUGCAAAUAGGGCACAUGUCAACUUCGUGCAUAAUUUUGUUAAUGACUUUUCCCUUAAGGAGAAUCUCUAUUGGGGGGUGAAUCCCAAGAGAGGUUGCCCACUCCCCCCAGAGGAACUUGUCCUAUCCGAUCCGGAAGACUUCCUUUUCGAUUUGGUACAGAAGGAGGCGGUCACCACGGGUGGAGAUGCCGUUCCAGUGGACGGAAAAGACGAUCAGAAAAAUAAAUUCCCAUUCACAGAAAACAACUGCGCAGUGGUAAGAAGCAAAAUUGACAGGAAAACCAUCUCAAAGAUGAAAUUAACAGACGAGCAGGCUAUAGCAAAUGAAGAAAUGACCAAGUCGGUACUCCUUAAAGAAGUUAACAUGCAGGACGCGUAUGACCAGAUUGGAAAAAACGCCAGUGACUUCAGUCGCAUAUAUAACCUUUUCGAACGAGAGCUUCUAAACAAAAGUAAUAUAAAAAAUGUAUACAUAAAUGGAAUAAAGAAAAACAUUAUCAUCGAUGAUGGUCAUAUGAAAACGAGAGUGGAAAAAAAAUCGUUAAAACUUAUCGACGAAAUUCACUUAACGUAUAAGAAGAGACCCAUUAUAUUGAUAGAAAAAGAGAGCAGCAACCACAUAAUUAACAGGAACAAUGUGGAAUCGUUUUUUGUACAUAACCGUUUGGAUAACUCUGGCCCUAAUAGGAAAGGGACUCAUGUCACAGGUGGUGCGGGUGACGGUGCAGCAGGGCCGUACAAUUCCAUACCUAUCAUAUACAAAAUGUUUAACAAAAAAAAAAGCAUAAAAUUUUCGUUCAUCGAAAAUGAUCAGAUUUCGAAAUUAACCGAAACGGACUGGAAGUGUGUCAUUGCAGUUAUCAUAAAAUCUAAGGAGUCGCUAAAAAACAUUUUAAAUGAAUACCCGUUCGAAAUUCCUACUGCGCUCUUCCAGCCAUUCAAAUCAUUUUUUUUUAUGUUCAAUGAUGUUAUAAUACCGUCCGAUUUGUUGACAGGUGGGAAUGUCGAUAUCAUCAGACUCAGUCGGGACAAGAGGAACGAGGAUUACCUCGCCGUUAAUAAAUUUUGGACCAACAUUGAGAAGUUCAUUUUGCAAAGACGGGACAGGUCUUGCUACACACGGAAAAGGAAGCUCUAG